CUUAAAGCGGAGCUCCACCCGAAAGGGGAAGUUCCGCUUUACAGAUUGGUCCCCCACUCCCCAUUAAGGAUUGGCACCUUUGGGGAGCUGGUACCUGAAAUUGACAGUUACCCGCUCCCACUUUCGCUGCGAUUGCCUAGGCGAUCGGAAGCAGAAGUUGUUCUCCUCCCUCCCCGUAGUCUUGUGGGACACGUGACAGGUCCCAGAAGACGACGGGGCCAUUCAGGAAGCGCAGCAAUACUCACGCAUGCACAGUGGGCACCUGUUUGUGAAGCCGCAAGCUGUCAUAGCCGGGUGCCCACACUGAAGAUGCCGGCGCUUGAAAUACAAGACGGCCGGUGAAAUGGGCUGCGGGGAGGACACCGUGGAACCGAGGGACAGGUGAAUGGCUGUUUU